ACUAAAGCUUAAUAAAUACAAAGAAAUUGUCAUUGACGUUGUAAACAUUCCAACGCCAUCAAGGAUUGGUUCCAUAUUGUAGACAACAUACUGGCAAUUUAUUUCGCGGCUGAUGCAAGCAAAUUAUGAAGUAUUCUAUUAUUGAUAAACUAGCCGUAGUGAUCGGUGUGUUCUUCAUCGGGGGAUGUAUUCCAAAGAUUGUACCUUUAGACCCAUAUCAUGAAAUGAUGGUAGUUACAUUUCAAUUCUGGGCGCAUGUGUUUCCUUUAGUCCACCUUGGUUUACCAGCGCCAAAUGCUGCCCUGUACCGGACAAUUUGUGGAGUUUUAGAGCUUAGUUUUGGCUCACUGCUAGCUUUCGGAAGGACACCUUUUCGAAGAGGCUCUGCAGGAGUUUUGAUGGCUAUUACAGUUAUAUCAAUAUAUUCAAUGGCAGUUCUUGGCAGUACCUUAGAGUUCAUUCCAGCUGUUAUACUCGCACUGGUUCUACUUCUCUGCAUCAUCUAUGGUUUUGAAGACUCAAAGAAACAGACCAAAAGCAAGAAUGAGUAGACCUAAUUGUAAAUUAAUCACCUUAAGAACAUAAUUGAAGUGUAAAUUGGAACAUAUAAAUUAAAUGAUUGAUUGAUUAAUUGAUUAAAUCAUAAACAUAAUGUUAAUACAGUAGAAAUUAAGAAUAAUCCUUAAGGGAUCCAUUAUACAAUUUAUAAGAGUUUUUUGUUUCCAUUCCAAUUCUUAGGACAUUGUUGAUAACUUUAGGAUGCUCAAAAUUUUGAAAUGAUAUGUAAUUUAUAUUGUACAGUACAGUAUGCAAACAUUAAUUAAGUGAAAAAUGUUUGGAAUAAUUAAGAUAAAGGUUAUAAAUGCACAUUUUUUGCCUGGAGGUGGGUUCUAGGGAGUAUUUUCUAAAGAUAAUGAAAUGAGACUAAAUAAUAUUUAAAAUUAAUUCAUUAACAAUGUAAAAAGUAUAAAU